AAAUCGUUCAACAACUAACCUAUUUUCCUAUUUUUGUGCAUUUAAAAGAUUUAAUUUUUAAAGUUCUAUAAUUUAACAAAAAAUGAACAGAAUAAAUCCAAUACAACAGUUUCACAAACAUAUACACCACCUAAAUAAACAAUUCUUAAGGGGCGUUAAACGAAAAUAUCCUAUAAAUCCAAAAAAAGCAGAUGAACUCCCGGUUUUUCAGUAUUCUCCCAGUAAAGACACAUACAAACGAGUGUUUACUUGGGGCAACGCUCAAACGGGAGCUUUAGGAUUGAAAGGUUUAAUUGAUAAAGAAGUAUUGUCCCUGCGUUAUCCAAAACGAAUGUAUGUUGGAGAAAGGUUUGAGGUUUUAAGUGCUGCAGCCGGGUUUGGAUUUUCUAUUUUUGCGAUAUAUAGUGAAACAAAUGUAAAACUUUAUGGAACAGGUUUAAACACAGAUUGCCAAAUAGGAUAUCACGAGGUUAGAAAUGGACAUCCUUUAGAGGUAAUAUUUUAUCCUCAACCAAUACACUUGCCCUUCAGAGAUCCAGAGCACUCAAAAGUUCUAAAAGUAGUUGCUGGAAGAGCACACACAUUAGUUCUUACCGAAGAAGGUGUUUUUACAAUGGGAAAUAAUAGUUAUGGACAAUGUGGAAGAAAAAUCAUAGAAAAUGAGGAUUAUCUCAGAAGUAACUUCGUAAAUCACAUUCCAGAUAUCGAUGGAAGCAAAAUCUGUGAUAUAGAGGCUGGACAGGACCAUAGUUUAUUUCUAACAGAAGAUGGAUCAGUUUAUUCUUGCGGUUGGGGUGCCGAUGGACAGACUGGUUUAGGACACUACAAUAAUACCGAAGAACUGGCUAAAGUUAGAGGAGACAUUGAAAAUGAAAAAAUUGUUAAACUGGCUUCCAGAUCUGAUUUUGUUAUGGCUAUAAAUGAGAAAGGUGAUGCAUUUGGAUGGGGUAAUACAGAAUAUGGUCAAAUUACACUGCCAAAUAACGAUCAACAAUUAUCAAACCCUACACAUAUUGCAAUGUUAAAUCCUAUCGGAAAAAUUAAGAGUGUUGCAAGUGGAGGAUCGUUUUGCUUAGCUCUUAAUGAGAAGGGUGAAGUCUAUGUUUGGGGUUAUGGACUGCUGGGUUUGGGACCAGUCCAGUUAACUAAAAAGCCCCUAAAAAUUCCAGAAACUUUACUAGGAACUAACGACUUUCAGCCAACGUGCAAAGUUAAAGAUAUUACUUGUGGUUUGUAUCAUGCAGCAGCUGUAACAAAUUUUGGAGAUUUGUUUACCUGGGGAAGAAAUAAGGACUGUUGUCUGGGAUUGGGCAAUGAAAAAGAUCAGCAUUUUCCGUUGAAGGUAUCUCUAGGUGGUCACGUAACGAAUGUUUAUUGCGGGAUUGACCAUACGAUAGCAUUAUGUGAUCCAUUUAUUUAAAUAAAUUAUAUUUG